GAAACAAGGAAGUUCAUUGCAUGGAUUGGAUGUAAUUUCACAGUUUAGUAUUUGUGCUGUAGAUGUGCUGUGUUUGGCACAUGGGUGUGACAGAUGUUUGCAGUACGUCUGAGUGAGCUGGGAAUUUCCCAGCAAUGGGGGGAAAUAUCCAAUAGCUCUUUAAAAUCCUCUGUUCUGGUGAAAGAAUUCUUUGGGAGUGUUUGGAAAUGGUAGAAAGAACACAAUAAAAUCCCUGGGCUCUCUACCUGAAAUGGGAAACAAUCGGAGUGAGAAUUGUUCGAAGCACGAUCUCUGUGCUCUAUAGCAAGACUGCAGGAAAAGAAAGAAGCAGAGAAGGAAGGAUAGAAAUGUUUGUCCAGACUGUGAAAUUAUCCCACUUGUUUUUGCCACGUUCCUGUCUCAGCAGGAUGAGCUGGAAUUCAGCAUGGGAGCAGAAAAUGAAAUAGCAGUUACUGAGUUCAUCCUAGAGGGUUUCCCAGAGCUUGAUCCAAGACUGCAGGUAUUUUUCUCUCAGGUCCUUCUGCUCAUGUACCUGACAACAGUGAUGGGGAAUGCAACCAUCAUUUUCCUGGUGUGUGUGGAUCACCACCUGCAAACCCCCAGGUACUUUUUCAUCAGCAACCUGGCCUUCCUGGAAAUCUGGUUUACAUCCUCCACAAGCAUCAAACUGUUUGUGAUGCUGAGUUCUGGUCAGAACACUCUCUCACUAAGCAUCUACUUUGCCCAAAACUAUUUCUAUUUCGCCCUGGGCUGCACAGAGUUCAUCCUGCUGGUUGUCAUGUCCUUUGACUGCUACGUUGCCAUCUGCCAACCUUUGCUCUACGCUGCCAUCAUGAAGCCUCAGCUCUGUGUCCACCUGGUUGUUGCUGCUUGGGUCCUCGGCUUUGUCCUGCUGAGCUACCGGCUGCUCUUCCUCUUGGAGCUGUCUUUCUGUGGCUCCAAGAUCCCCCAUUUCCUUUGUGACAACUCCCCUUUGUUCAAACUGUCCUGCUCUGACACCAGCCUCCUUUGGAAAAUAGACUCUGUCUUCAUAUCGCGUGUUGUGCUGGGUUCCUUAUGUUUGACUCUGGCAUUUUACAUCGCAACCUUUUCUGUGUUCUGCAUUCUUCCAGCAGCCUCUGGGAGGAAGAAAGCUUUGACUACCUGUUCUUCCCACCUCAUCACCUUAUCCAUUGCCUAUGGGAGCUUCAUUGCUCUCUACACGUGUCCUGCAGAAGAUGUUUCCUUGAGGACCAACAGAAUUGUAGCUCUGCUGAACACAGUCCUGUACCCGUUCUUAAAUCCAUUCAUCUACAGCCUUCGGAACAAAUCUGUGAUCCUGGUCCUGAGCAGAUCCAUUGCCAAGGCAAGAACAAAGCUUUUCCCCUAAUCAUGGUGCAUUUCUGGAAAGCCAUCCCAAGAAUCUGGUGACAUCUGUUGCACAAUACCAGUGCCUGUGAGGGCAGCCUCCAAACAGGGCUGCCUCAGGACACUGGUGCUCCUGCAGCCUUGUGCUAGGUUAACAGAUAAGAGACUCAUCUGCACACCCAGACAGGGCACCAACAAUGGCAGCAGGAGAAACUCAGUUCAUUCUCUGCCCUGGCUGCUCCCAGGGCCAUCACUGGAGAGCCACCAGCUUGUUAAGAACACAUCUCCAAAGCAGAGAAGAGCUCAGAGGAACAGUGGCAAGUGACAAUCCCAAGUACAGCUCCUGAGCAAUGGACACCUUGUCCCAGCUCUUUCCCUGGGACAGCCAUCAGCCCCAGUGUCCAGGUUUGAAACCCCAAAAGCACUGAGAGCAGGUGGGGAAGACUGGGGGAACUGGAGGAGACUGGGAAUUAACUCAGGUGUAUUGGGAAGGACUGGGCUGUGCUAAGACUGCCUGGACCGGCACUGCAGUCCUACUGGGCUGUACUGGGGAUGAACUGGGCUGUACUGGGAGGGAUGGGAGGGGUUGAAAGGGCUGAUCCCGCCUCUGCUGCCUCCCAUUUGCCGAGGGUUCUGCCCAUCACCGCCUAUAACCAAUCAGCGACGGGGACCAGGGACUCAGGGGCAAUGCCUGGAAUCGGCUCCAUCUUUUCGGUUUUGCCUACAACUCCCGCCACGGCCCACGGCACGACAGCGCCCCAUUGGUGCCGGGGCUACAA